GUGUUGCAGUCUACGAGUAUCUGCGUUUCGACGCCAAUUCGAUAAUAACUUACUCUUUACUAAUUUUUGAAAAGUACAUUCUUACAAACACACGAAAAUUACGGAUAUACAAGUUGCAACGGCGUACUCGACAAGGCUCGAUAUAUCGAUACAUUUCCAGAUUACUUUCCAGUCGAUAUUUUUACAUUCGAUACGUUUGCAAUCGAGAUAUCGACAUACCUAUAUGAAUGUUACAUGAUUUCACGAUAGAUAAUUGAGCACGUACCACGACGUCAACAUGUUUUAUAAGUUUCAUAAGUAAUUUAUAAUUUUGUGAAUUAAGAUACAAUGUACACGUUACCAUAAAAAAACUUACUGAGAUCAAUAUAACAAGUAAUGUGUUUUGAUUGAUAUCUAAUUCCAUUGUCACAGAACAUAACCUAUAACUUGUUGUUGGAGAAUAAGGUUUACGAAGGUUAAAUACGAAACGAUUAAUAACUAUUGUCUUUGAAUUCUGUUGUUUGAAAAAAUAUUUCUUCAAGAAGCACCAGACUAACGAUGUACGUGGUGCAAUAUUCUGGGUUGUUAACGAAGCAAUUGAGUUCGAAUUGUAUCCGAAGUGGAACCAGAUUAGCAUCUUCUUUCGGUCAGCAUGAGAAUUGUGGAAGAUUCCGCGAAUACCGGAGUAGGGUAGCAUUGUGGUUGAAACAACAGAGUGGACAGGUAGUCAAAGCUUGUACCAGACAGUUCGAGUUCAUCGCUGCGCAACGUAUUAGAAGGAGCUUGCAGAUAUUUCAUUUGUACACACGGAUAUGGGACGAGGUAGCACUCAAGGAAUUCAUGAAAAGUUGGAAACAUCGUGCAGUAAGGAAUGCUAGACACUUUCUAAUAAGUAGCAUCGGUGUAACAAUGUACAACUGGGACCAUGAAAGAAUAAGCGAAGAAGAACUCAAUAGUUGUAAAAGAGAUAUUGAAGAAAUUCACAGGCUAAAAAAUAUCACGCUUAUUUGUCCAAAAUGUCACCUAAGAAUUGUGAUAGAUACUCAACAACCAGACAUAAAUUAUUGCACAUGUAAUGGUGGUAAAGUUAGCGCUACUUCUAAUCAAGAUCCUGAAGGAUGGAAACCAUACAUAGAAAGGCAAGAUAUGCUCAUUUGGAGAAAAGAAGAACCAAACUCUGGAGGAUUAUUUGCAUAUAAAGUUUAUGGUACAUUUUCGGAUGUUACAGCGGAAGAUUUUUUACAAACUCAAAUAGAUCUGGAUUAUCGGAAAAAAUGGGACCCAACUGCUCGAGAAUUAAAAAUCAUAGAUAGUGACCCGGAAUCGAAAGAAUCUGCUGAUAAUGGUAUUGAUGUUGUAUAUUGGGAAACGAUAUGGCCGAGAUUGUUUACAAAUAGGGAUUAUGUAUAUCAACGACGGUGGAUCAUAGACAAAGAAAAGCGGUUAAUUGUAAUUAUAAGUAAAGUAACGGAACAUCCUAAUGCCCCUACCAAACCAGGAAUAUACAGAGUCACAACGUAUUGGUCCUAUAUGGUGAUAAAGCCUUAUACAGAUAUCCACCAACCAGGCAUAGAAUUCGGAUUAACUUACUUUGAUGAUCCUGGUGUAAAUAUUCCAUCUGCGAUUACUUCGUGGGUCGCAAUGUCAGGAUUGCCAGACUUUUUAAUUCGUAUGAGGCAUGCGUCGAAAAAUUAUCAAAGUUAUAAACUCACAACGGAAAAGGAAAAUAUUUCUGAUGUUAGUCAUAUUUCUCAGAACGAAGAAAUUGCAUCCGAGUAUAACGUAGAAAACAAUAAAGAGAGUGAAACACUGAGUGAAAGUGAUGCAGUAGAAUAUGAUCUUGAUGAGGAAAUCGAAAUCUUGACAUCAGAAACGGAAGAAAGUGACGAGAGCGAUGAAGAUACAGAAGAUUCAAUCGACGAAGGCAGGGGUUUAUUACGUUAUUUCUUUUUUACAAAAUUAUUUGUUUGACCAAUAAUUUCAAUAUAUUUGAAAUAAUGAAACUGGUUUUGACUAAUAGAAAGUUUUUAACAUGACGUUGUGCAAGCAGAAUGGUAGUGAUCGCGAUACAAAGAUACAGGUACGAAUAAGUGGAUACAUUGGAUCACCGGGGUUGCAUUGAUGAUGCGCCAAAAUGUGCAUAAAAUGUACACUUUUUCUCAAAUGGGAAAAAUUUUGAAAAAUACCCAUUUUGUUUUUAUGGUAUUCUUUAUGAUGUAAUGAACACGAGACUGAUUAUAUUUAUAAUUAGUUUCAUUUACACUAUUUAUUACAUAGUACAAAAGAAAAAUGUGGAAAGAUCAAAGUGUUCACUUACAAUAUAAUAUAAUAUUGUAAAGUAAAUUAUAAUUUCUAUAAGAACUUUUUAAUCAUGUCUACGUAAUUUAGCUCAAAUAUCAUAUUGUAUCUGUACACUCAGGAUAGUGCAAAUAUAAAUAGCUGCAUAAAAUAUGAAAAAUUAAUUUUUUAUACGUACAUAUGUUCGAAUUUUUUCUGUUAUAUGUACGCCUAUAUACAUGGAAUUAAUUUACAUUGAUUUAUAUAAACUGUAAAUAAUCUGUGUAAUGUAGUAUACAUUUUAAUGUAAUUAAUAAUAUACAUUUGCAAUAUUGAA